UUCCUAUUCUGUCAGUGUUGUGUGUGCAGAUGGUUGGUGGUGGUGCUGCUGCUGUACAGUGACAACUAUUGCCUUUUCGCAAGCUCUGCAUCCACUCGCAGCUGGAUAAACAUUUUGAAUUGACAGGUGGUAGAUAGAUAAUUAGCUUGGAAAUAGAAAAAUGGAAGAUGUAUUUUAACUAGCUAGGUGUGCAGGCUCAUAAGUCUUCGGGGACACGAAUCAUCAAAGUAAACGUGUGUAUGGUACCAUGUACAGUAGGAGGUGAUGAGAGUCAUGAAGCCAACCCGUCACCUGCUCCUGGUGCUCUGUCCCAUGCUUGUCCUGGGUUUCCUCUACUACUCCUCCGGGAGACUGCACCUGAGGGGUUGGGGACAGAAAUCAUUGUAUGACAAACAGGGAUUCUUGCUGAAGCUGGGUGGUAAUCUACCUUUGGAGCUGAUGUACAAGUAUGGUAAUCUCAGCGAGGGAGUCUGUAAGCCUGGCUACGCAGCUGCCAAGAUGACCACCAUCUAUCCAAUGUUCGCUAAACCAGCCCCUAUGUUCCUUGAUCCAAACUUUAGACGAUUCUCCAAGAUCAGCAACUUUUUCCCACCUUUUGGAAUAAAAACGCAAGAAAAGAUCAUAGAUAAUAUUCUGACAGCAACGAAGAGCUAUGGUCUGGGAGAGGAGCUGGACAGUCAGAGUUGUAAGAAGUGCAUCAUCAUGGGAAAUGGUGGUAUUCUGGCCAACAAGUCUAUGGGUGUGAAGAUUGAUGAGUACGAUGUGAUUGCAAGGUUGAACGAGGCUCCAGUGUCUGGCUAUGAAAAGGAUGUGGGCUCCAAGACCACCAUGCGUAUCACCUACCCAGAGGGAGCCAUCCAGAAGACUGAACGCUACGAACAGGACUCCCUCUUCGUCCUCUCUGCCUUCAAAGCUCUCGACUUCAAAUGGCUGCGGUCCAUAAUCUUUAAGGAGAGGCUGCGUAGCACAGAAGGGUUCUGGAAGUCUGUGGCCCGUCAUGUCCCCAGGGAGCCCAGUGAGAUGAGGAUCCUCAACCCUUACUUCAUCCAGGAGGCUGCCUUCAGGUUCAUCGGCCUGCCUCACAACAACGGACAGAUGGGGAGAGGGAAUAUUCCCACCCUGGGGACGGUUGCCAUAACAAUGGCCCUCCAUAACUGUGAUGAGGUAGCCGUGGCUGGAUUUGGCUAUGACAUGAGCACCCCUCACGCCCCCCUACACUACUACGAGAAGAUCAGGAUGGCGGCCAUCAAAGAGUCGUGGACUCACAACAUUUCUAAGGAGAAGGAGUUCCUGAUUAAGCUGGUGAAGGCUGGGGUUAUACAGGACUUGACCAAUGGGAUCUGUGGCUCAGGAUGCUGAUGACAACAUCCAGCCAAUCCCAGGUCACAGAGAGAGAGAUAGAGGAGAAACACGGAAGCAGCAUUGUGAAGUCCUGCUCUGUUCCCCCAACCUAACCCUAACCCUGGCUGAGCCAUACUGUAUUCAGGAAAGAAGGCUGGUGAAGGGUUCUGAAGGGUUUCUCGCUCUGACAGAGGAGAACUGUGGUAAAUGGCAUAAUCCCUGCACUACACUGGAGAGAUAGAACUACAACAUUCUAGAAUUCUCUAGAAAACCGAGAGCUAGAACUCUCUAGGAACACUGAGAGCUACACACUAUUCUGUUUCAGGGUUUGCUGCAGUGUGACAUUACAGUUUGAUGAAAAGAUGGACUGACAAACUGGACAUAAUGGGUUGUGCCAAGAAUACCUCUGGAGAAGGAUAAAGGACAUGCCUCUACUCAUACUUCUACAGUAUACCUGAAUGUAUUCUGUCACCACGUACUCAUCACUGUUAUAUAUUUAUUUUCAUCUCUUGUAAUGGCAGCAUUGCCCUCUAUCUGGGCUCAGUCGAAUAGGUUUCCAGACAGGUAGCAAAUAAUGCACAUACAUAUUCUGCUUCUAAUGUAUCUGGAAGUGGACGGAAGGGCCGGUGCUCAUGGUUUAGAAGCCCUCCACACCUUCCUUUCCCCCUUUAAGAUAUGUUUUUAAAUGAUUUACCUUGAGAGAUUACUUUGUUUCUCUCUGUCUUUUUAAAAAUGAUUUACCUUGAGAGAUUACUUUGUUUCUCUCUGUCUUUUUAAAAAUGAUUUACCUUGAGAGAUUACUUUGUUCCCCUCUGCAAAGAACAAAGGAAAAGAAAUGGGGGGUGAGGAGGGACCGACCCCCCUCACUGGAUAAACAUGUUUUAUUUUCACAGAAGCACUGAGCUUUGUGUCGUCCUCAGUUCAUCAGUGUGCUUCCCAAACACUCAUCUGUCCUGGAUCACGUCUCAGACUGUUACUCUGGUCUUAAUGCUGUUGUAUUUGUCUAUAGGGCUCUGGUCAAACAUUGUGCACUAUAUAGGGAAUAGGGUGCCAUUUGGGAUGCAUACUUUAUUUCAAGUCUGCAUGGCCUGCAAACAUAAUCAGUGUUACUACUUACUACUGUCAGUUGUUGUUUAAACAAUUGAGGUUUAUCAAUUUUAAAUGUCUUGUUUUAUUUCUUUGUUAAUUUUUGCCAAAAUGGAUUGUAAUUUGUUAAGCAAUAAUAUAUGGUGUCUUAACCGCCGUUCUCUGUUCAGUCACAUAUUCUCUUAUUUUCUACUCAUAUGCACAAGCCAAAGCACUUGAAUUUCUCAUCGCUCAUCCACAGUAGUGGAGGCUGCUGAGGGGAGGACGGUUCAUAGUAAUGGCUGGAAUUGUUUCAACCACAUGGAAACCAUAUGCCUGAUACCAUUCCAUUGACUCCAUUCAGUCAUUACUAUGAGCCGUCCUCCCCUCAGCAGCCUCCACUGACACACAGUCACUACACUAUGGAGCGUCGUGCAUCAAGAUGAUUUGACAAAUGAAAUAAAGCAGAUUAUAACUCUG